CUCCAUCUCCACUCGUAUUACUUUACUCUCGAUCCCUUUGACAGGAUCCCUUUGACUAGGUCCCGAACUCGACAAGUCAAUACUACUUAUUUCCGAGGAGUAAAUUACAUCCACAUCAUCGUCACGAUGCACCCUCCAUCACCCCAAUUACUCCGCGCUUUGCGCACGUCCAUCUCGGCUCCCAAGGUUACCAACCAACUUUGCGCGAACGCCCGUUGGGUAUCUCCCAUCUCUCGAAUCACCCCCUACAUACAAACGUACCGCAAUAACAGCAGCCAUGCCCGCCCCGUACGGAUGGUACCUCGCGCACACACCGCGAAGCCAGCGAGCCGCGAUCGGGGCCCGCAGUCAACAGAAGAUACGCAAACGGACUUUGCUGCGCUGAACGUGCUCGGAAAUAUCCCCGCACCUACUACCGCGAUUGAUGCUUGUCUAGACAAUGGAUUCCAUUUGGAUAAUGGCCUCAAGCUCACAAACGGCGAUGGUUUGUUGCUUGUUGGGGGCGAAGCUUUCUCAUGGAGGCCGUGGACAGCGACGGGUGGGGAAAAGAAUGCCAUGGUGAACGAGAAAGGCCAGUUUGAGGUUGACGAACAAGCUUGGGGUCUUUUGGGACUCGUGUGGCCUCGCCCGGACCUCUUGAUUAUUGGUAUGGGCGCUUCUGUAUUUCCUCUUUCCCCUGAGACCAGGAGACGAAUCAAUGCCUUGGGUGUUCGUGUUGAGGUUCUGGAUACUAGGAAUGCCGCUGCGCAGUUCAAUCUGCUUGCGACUGAAAGAGGAGUGUCUGAGAUCGCGGCGGCUAUGAUUCCGAUUGGGUGGAAGGGACGGUAGAUGCUCUUCGUCGGAGGAAUCUUGUACAACUAUAUCAAACUUUGGAAUUGUGUAAUAUUAUAUGCCAUGUGCAGAGUA